CGGCGGCGGCGGGUAGCGGGCCCCCGUGAAGCGGGCCCGGCGCGGGGCCUGCUGGGACCAGUUGUUCCAUCGGCGGUUGCGUGGAUCCAGUCAUGGUGAGAAAUGUUUCGAAAAGGCAAAAAGCGACACAGCAGUAGUAGUUCCCAAAGCAGUGAAAUCAGCACCAAGAGCAAGUCUGUGGAUUCCAGCCUCGGGGGACUUUCCAGAUCUAGUACCGUGGCAAGCCUAGAUACAGACUCCACCAAAAGCUCAGGGCACAGCAACAGUAAUUCAGAUACAUGUGCAGAAUUUCGAGUCAGAUAUGUUGGUGCCAUUGAGAAGCUGAAACUCAGUGAUGGGAAAAAUCUGGAAGGACCACUAGACCUGAUCAAUUACAUUGAUGUAGCACAGCAAGAUGGAAAGUUGCCCUUUGUUCCUCCAGAAGAGGAGUUUAUUAUGGGAGUGUCCAAGUAUGGUAUUAAAGUAUCAUCAUCAGAUCAGUAUGAUGUUUUGCACAGACAUGCUCUCUAUUUAAUCGUCCGCCUGGUGUGUUAUGAUGAUGGACUAGGAGCGGGGAAGAGUUUACUGGCUCUGAAAACUACAGAUGCCAACUAUGAAGAAUACAGUCUGUGGGUGUAUCAGUGUACCAGUCUGGAACAAGCACAAACAAUAUGCAAAAUUCUGUCUACUGCUUUUGACUCUGUUUUAACGUCCGAGAAGACUUGAGAAGACUUCUACAGGAGUGGAAGAGAAAGCUUCGCUUUGGAGAGGGCAGCAAGUCAAACCUAGCUGCCCUAAAGAAGAGCAAUUACCCACGCAAAUUUCAUUUAAACUCCCUAAAGAGAAAUGCUCCCUCAUUCCGGCUUUUGUAACAGCAGUAUUUCAACAUUUCAUUUCUUCUGCCAUCCUGAAUUUACAAAUUGUAAAAUUUGCUUCCCAUCCUGCAUGAAGGAUAUAGGAAUCCAGUUCAGAAUUGCAAAUAGCAUUUUAGUGGUUUUUGAUUAAAAAAAACUCCUAGAUGGUAACUUUUAUACAGAAAUAAGUUUAUUAGCAAAGUGUUUUUGUAUAAAAAUAACUUAAAUGUAUAAUAAACAUUUCUAUUGUCGAUG